AUGGCGUCCGGCCAGGCCACUGAGCUCCCCCGUCUGGUCGCCUUGAUCAAGACCUUGACAAUUCCCCAGCUAAAAGAUCUCCUACGCAAAGAAGGCCUGGCUGUAUCUGGUUUAAAAGCUGCGCUGCAGAUGCGCAUCAUCGAUUAUCUUGAUCGGUUAUGCCAAUCAGAAGGCAACAGUGUCCGAUACGAUGCCCUAAGACGACGCAUUAUUGAAGUCUGUCUACCGGGAUCACACGCCUUCGACCCAACCCCAAAUCCUCGCUUUCAAAACUCUCCUGCUGCACCGCAGACAUCAUCUCAGCGUCGACUUACAGUGGGAAACUCCAUGUCCCCCCAUCCCCACACUUCUGGCCCGAUCGUUUUCAAGGAUAGUCCAUUUUUUACAGUUAUAGCACCUGUCACUCCGAUUGUCGAAUGCAAGGUCCGUGAGCAAACCAGGGACAGUGUAGAGCUGAAAAUUUUCCUCUCCCAACCCGAUGUCGCCCGACUGGAGAGAGAUUCCAAUAUCCGAGUUAUGAUCUACUGUACAGCCGACUCAGGUCUUAAACAGUUUACCAAAUCGGAUAUCGCGUUUCCCCAUCAGGUGGAGUUGAAGGCGAACUUGGAUGAAGUGAAGGCCAACCUUCGGGGACUGAAGAAUAAACCCGGCACCACACAACCCGCAGAUGUUACUUGGUAUUUACGCAAAAAGCCAAACUACCCAAAUAAUAUCGUUAUGACUUAUGCAUUAACACAGAAGGUGAACCUUACCCACGGUAAAUUCUUCGUUCUUGCCAAUAUGGUCAAACUGCACCCAGUUGACGAACUAGUCUCGCAAUUAAAAUCUCGAAAGCUUAUCUCCAAGGAACAAGUCCUUCGAGAAAUGAAAAACCGGGCAGAAGAUUCCGACAUCGUUGCUACCUCGAGUGUUAUGUCGCUCAAAUGUCCGUUAUCAACCCUGCGUAUUCAGGUUCCCUGCCGUUCUGUGGUAUGCACUCACAACCAAUGCUUCGAUGCAUCAUCGUUCCUUGAGCUACAAAAACAAGCGCCCACUUGGACGUGCCCUGUGUGCACUAAAUCCACGAGCUUUGAGUCUUUGCAAGUAGACCAGUAUGUGGAUGAAAUUCUUCGCUCCACCGAAGUAGACCAAGUUGUGGUGGAGCCAAGUGGCUCAUGGUCCAAGCUAGAUGAUAAUGAUGCGGCGAAAAUGGGUGGAGCUACACCAGCCACAGACGACGACGACGAUCUGAUAGAGAUCAGCGAGCCUAGUGCCAGUGUAGUGAAACAGGAGCCUACGUCUUCUAAUAUUCUGCUGGAACGCACACCUGCCCAGUCCAGAGAAACAUCCACACCGUCCUCAGUUGUUCGCAUGUCAAGCAAAAAACGCCCUGUCGCCCAAAUAAUUGAUUUGACGGGUAGUGACGAUGACGAUGGCGAUGAAUCUCCUGUCCCUCCUCUGAAGCGGGCAGCCUUGGGUUUUUCUGCUCGAGGAUUUUCAUCACAAGAUCCCCAUCAACCGGUUGCGAGUAGUCCUCUAAGUGGACGAUAUCCCCAACCGUACUAG